GCUCCCGCCAACGCGCCAUUCCGCUGGUGCCACCGCCUUGUCAGUGUGGGUCGAGAUACCAGGCGUUCGCCGGACGAGUGAGGGGAAAGGAUGAUCUGUUUAGCGUUGGCCGUGUUUGCCUACAUGUUCCAGAUGGUGAUUACUGGAAUACAUGAGCGUACCUUUAUCGCUGUCAAGCCAGAUGGUGUUCAUCGACGUUUAGUUGGAGAAAUCAUACGGAGGUUUGAGAAGAAAGGAUUUAAACUGAUUGGAAUGAAAAUGAUGAAGGCCUCUGAAGGGUUAUUGAAAGAGCACUACAUCGAACUUAAGCAGAAGCCAUUCUAUGAUAGACUUGUAAAAUUCAUGAGUUCUGGACCUGUGGUGGCCAUGGUAUGGCAAGGACUGGAUAUUGUUAAAACCACUCGGGCUAUGUUAGGAGAAACUAAUCCUGCAGAUUCUGCGCCAGGUACCAUUAGAGGAGACUUCUGUGUUGAAGUAAGCAGGAAUGUAAUCCAUGGCAGUGAUUCAGUGGAGAGUGCCAUCCGUGAAAUCGCCCUCUGGUUCCACCCCGAGGAGCUGGUUUGCUGGAAUGAUUAUGCUGAUGACUGGAUAUAUGAAUAAACCAGUCCUUUUUUUAAAAAAAAGGAUCGCUCAGGAACAAGCCCAUCGGUACUGAAACUUCAUUGUUAUAGUAUCCACAUUGAUUGCAACAGACCUAUGCACCACUGAGUUUUUCAUUCUUUCUAUGCAAGUUCUUCUGAAAUUAAUUAUUUUAAAAUUGUUCCCUCAUGUUGGAUCCAAUUGAAACUUCGGAAGAAAAAUAUUAAUCCUUUAGAUGAUUUUAGAAUUGAAGUAUUAAACUAUCUUUCAUUGAUAUGCAUUUCUACUACUUUUUUAAACUUAGUUUCCAGCAUUUCCAUAUUUUGUACCUGAAAAUGUUGCUGCUGUGAAUAUGGACUGCAAUACUGGAUGGUGCUUUUUCCUCUAGUGAGAAGCAUCUAAUAUGACACAAACAAACAUCAAAGCACAAUCAGUUCUUUGUUGGGUGAUGAUCGACAUCACAAGCUUUUUCAUGAUAUAGGAUGAAAAGGUAAUCUGCAUCUGGACUAUUGCAAUUGAUCCAGUUAUCAAACUUGUUGACAAGUCAGGGUCUAAAGAUACUCCAUUCCUUUAUUGCUACAAAUUAGGGGACAUAAAUAUUAGAGAAGUGGUUGGUAGUUUCUGAAAGACCUUUCUCUCAUCUGUCAAUAAUUGGUGAUUGAUAAGAGUUAAACACUGUUACAGCUUCAUGUGAGUGAUACUUCAAAAUCUUUUUAAUGUAGCCUGUCUUCACAUGUACACCCAAACAAUGCACGGAUUGCUAUGAUGAAUUUGACCAUUGAGAACCAGAAGAAAAAGAUACCACGGUAUUUCUAAGAAAGGUGUUCCCAACUCAGAGUCUAUGGCAUAUAAAAGUUUGUGAACUCCUGUUCUGAUCACCUUUGCAAUACUGGCUUUAAAGAAGGAAAUUGUUUAACAAUCUGACAGCGUUACUAUCAUGAGGAUAAAUUACACAGUGGAUUUAGACCAGUUUCUUAGAUGUAUUAUGCUAAAUAUAUCACAGGAGGUUCAUGGCCUCAUAGUAAAUAGAAUAUUAUGUUCAUUUAAUAAUUGUUAAAGAUGAAACUAAAAUGGUAUGAAUUAGAAGAACUCAUGUGAAGCAACAUUAUAAUAAAAUGUUUGCUAAGUUCACCAUUUCAUUUUUUUUUGCCAAAGUUUUUUUUGAUGGUCUUGUAUUUGAAGUUGAGCAGAUUUGGUUGCAUCACCUGUGCUGCUCUACCAUUUAAAAAAUUCUUUAUUCACUGUGAUCAUAAAAAUGCAAACUAUAGUUUUUAGGAACUUGUUCAGUGGUUAUAUAAUUUUGCCUGCCAUAGAACUAGGACUUUAUACAUCUGUUUUAUUUUCUGUAUGCUAUAUUGUAGUUAAUUCAGCCAACCUGUUUCAUCAUGAAUAUAAACUAAUGAUUGUAAAGAUAAAAUGCCAGAUGUCCAUAAUAUUAAAAGAUCAAUAAAUAGGACUCAACAUUUGAUAUUUAUUACUAUUACUUGUCAAUAAAAUAAUUAGUUUGUGUA